AUGGCUGAUGCAACUGAAAUACCCGAAAGUCGUUAUCAUGUUCGCUCCAUUAGCAUGCCCUCCCGAUCCCAUCCUACUGCAACCGACAUUGAAGAAGAGCUGAACAGGCUUAGAGCCUUAGAGUCUUUGUCAACAGCACAAUCGGGAUCUCCAUUGAAGGGAGAGUCGAUCAGUGUUGCACUAUUGGGCCUUGUUGAGUUGUACAAAUGUGUGGAGUCUAUUCUUCAGAUGCCCCAAACACCGCAGACCUUGGUCCACCAUCAACUGGAUGGAUGGGUGGAUGAGUUGAUAGAGGGAUCAGUCACAUUGCUGGAUAUAGGCAGCACUACAAAGGAUAUUUUGCUUCAAAUGAAGGAAAAUGUCCUUGAUAUUCACUCAGCACUUCGCAGAAGAAAAUUUGAGGAGAUGCUGGGGAACAAGAUCGCAACAUACAUUUCCUUCAAGAAAAGGGUGAAGAAGGAUGUUAGCUGCUGCCUUAAAAUGCUGAAACGUCUGUAA